AUACAAAUUCACUUAAUCUUAUUCCUGCACAGUUUGCAAUGUAAUGUGAUCUGGAAUAAAUCAAAACAUAGACAUUCCGCAAUAAUAAUGACUAAAGUUGCUGUUUUAGGCGCCGGGAUAAACGGUUUAGCGUGUGCUGUGAGAGUUAAAGAAAAAUAUCCAAAUAUUCACGUAGUGAUAAUAGCAAGCGAGUUCACACCGAACACGACGGGCGAUGGUUCUGGAGGUUUCUGGUAUCCUUACCUCUGCGGGAUCACUUCCCAGGAUCUUUUAUGCAAAUGGGGAAGCGAAACGUACAAGUACCUGUACGGGCUGUGGAGGGAGGGCGGUCACGACCUUUGCCUGCUGCCCAUGUUUGAGCUGUACCGAGAGAAGCGCGAACUGGUCACCCACAGCUGGGCUAAAGAUGUGCUCGGCUACAGGAUACUCGACGAGAAGCAGCUGUCUUACUUGAGUGGACUUUACUCUGUCAAAUAUGUGUCCGGCCGCACGUUUACGUCUUUCAUAGCGUACCCGCCAACGAUACUAGCACAUUUGCACCGACGUUUCGAGGCAGCCAACGGACAAACCCUACAGUAUAGGAUAAACUCGCUAGAUGACAAAAAACUCGAUGAUUAUGACGUGGUGAUCAAUUGCUUGGGACUUGGUGCGAGGGAAGUGGUACCUGAUGACAAAGUCGUUCCAAUAAGAGGACAGAUAUCACGGGUGAUAGCACCGUGGGUAACCAAUGCUGUAAUGGAUGAGGACUCCGGAAACUACAUUUUGCCAAAUGUCCACAACUGCGUUUUGGGCGGCACUCACCAAACCAACGAUUUCAAUAGAAGCAUUGUCGGCGAGGACACCGAUUUUGUUCUCAACGGAUGCAGCCAACUAAUACCAGGGCUAAAGAAUGCCGAACUUAUCACCCAGUGGGCGGGCUUGCGGCCCGGCAGAGAGAGCGUGAGGCUGGAAGCAGAACAAAGAGACGGCAAACUCUACAUACACAACUACGGGCACGGUGGCAGUGGAUUGACUCUCUUCUGGGGCUGCGCUGCUGACGUUUUGGAAAUAUUCGACAAACACUUGACCGAGGGGCGGAAACAAAACGCCAAACUUUAAGUACAGUGUAUAUUAAACGUCAUAUCAAAAUAUAUAACACAUUUGCGCAUUAUAACAUUAUUUUAUAACAAUU